GAGUGGGCAGCACUGCCAAGCACGGAUGGCAGAGAACGUAAAAUGAUAUACGUUCUCUGCGUAUGGACACCAUUUUGAUACACCAAACGACGUAUUUCGCCAUAAAAAUUUUGUGACAGCGGCCUUUGUUAAUGAGACCAGAAAUUUGGACGAUUAUAAACGUUUUUAUAGAAUAUAUUGUGUAUAAAUAAAUAAAUUAACAUUUAAAAUAUAUUCAUGGCUGCCAAUUGGAUAAAAAUUACUGAGAGAGCACGAGAGGGUAUAAAAAUUAUAAAUGCGCUACCUUAUGAUACUUUUACAACAGUGCUAAGUUUUGUUCAUCGGCAAAUGAUACCGGCGACAACUGAGGAUGUUAUAGAGCCAGAAAAUGCUUUGGAAGAAUUGGAACGUUUAGUUGGUGUACCACGUGCCGAUUUUCUUCUAAUGAUUAAAACUUUUUCCUACAUUUUACGACGCACGUCUACAUUUGUCAUCAAACCAACUCGAUUGCACGCUGAAUUACGAGAAAAGCUGCAGCUUCAAGAUGAUGCGAAAAUUGAUGCAAUUGUUAGGUUAUGGGUCCGCCAAACGACUCCAAUAAUGAAUAGUUUGGCGUGUGAGCGUUAUGAAUCAAAUGAGAUACAAGAUGUGGCGUGGAAAUUAAAUGUGGAAAUCUCAUCGCAUUGUGAGCAACGUGAGAAAAAUGCUUUGGCCAUGUUGCAAUUAAAAACUGGAACAGGGGAAGACAUCAAUUUAGAGAUGAACCAUGAAGAGUUGCUGCAAUUAUAUAAUCAGUUCGAGUGUAUUCAAAACGAAUUAGAUGCCUUAAAACAUCAACAGGCGGAGCAAAAGGCUUAGAAAUUUGAUAGAAGGUGGAAACUCGUAAAUUUGUGAGUAAGCUCAAUUUAUGUGUAGUAACAUUAGUAUUAUUAAAAUUAAGCUAUAUUUAGUUUAAAAAAAUUUUGUAAAACGUUGAAGGAAAACUAAUUUCAGUGCAAGGAAUAUACGUAUUGGUAGUAAAAUAUUAGUCAGUUUUAAAGUAAACAUUUUUACGUGCAAAAGUUGCAAUCUUGUAGUAAACCCAGAAACAGGGAAAACAUAUGUUUGAAAAAGAUAUCUCUUGGUAAUUCCCGACUUUCAAAUUGAAACGAAUUACAUUUGCAAAUGUGCAAAUCAAAUGAUGUAUAAUGUUCUAUUGAAUCGCGAACAGAGCUGGAAAACACCGGUACCGAUUCAUAUCAAAGGUGAGAAAUGUUGAAUUCCAUAAAAAAAAUCUAAAUAUUUUAAGAAUUAAAAGUUACAGUGCAUUGUUAGUUUCUACAAAGAAAAUGUAGUUGUUAAUGGUUUCCAAUAGAGCACAGACCACUUCACAUAUGUAUACGCGAAUGUUUUUGGCACUGUAGUACGCAGAAAAAAGACCGUACUGUACCAACUGCGCCCCGCAUCAUUGCCGCUCAGCACUGAUAUUCUUCAUCUUCGAAAUUCGGUUUUGAGGUCACAUCAAACGAACCGGGUAAUAUCACAUGAUUUGAUCCACACAUCACGAAAUGGGUAGCAGGCCUAGCUAGCAGCGUUUCUUAUAUAGGCGAGCAAACCAAUCCUUAUUUAGGGUCACAUCACACGAACCGGGUAAUAUCACAUGAUUUCAUCCACACAUCACGAAAUGGGUAGCAGGCCUAGCUAGCAGCGUUUCUUACAUAGGCGAGCAAACCAAUCCUUAUUUAGGGUCACAUCACACGAACCGGGUCUUAUCACAUGAUUUGAUCCACACAUCACGAAAUGGGUAGCAGGCCUAGCUAGCAGCGUUUCUUAUAUAGGCGAACAAACCAAUCCUUAUUUAGGGU